AUGGCAGAGAAGAGGACGUUUGAUGCUGCAUUCGAAGGGCAUCUUGCUCAUGUUGUGCACCAGAAUUCUACGAGCAACUCAAAGCAGCCAUGGGAGAGAAGCAUUGUGAAUGUGCCGAGUGUAUUGCCGAAAGCGUUCUUGGGAAGCGGGCGUCUUGGGAAUGUGCUUACUCAUACGGCUGCUGCUCCUGUGAAAGCUCCGAGUGGCCCGUCGGCUAUAAAUCUGACUGCUACUGGAGGCAAGCUGCCACGGAAGGUUGGGCCUUCCUGGACUCAGAGACAAUCGGAUAACAGACAUGCGGCUGUCAUGAAGUGGCUUCGGAUUUCUAAAGAGGGUGGCGACUUCUUCGGGAUCUGUGCUAGAGUGGCGGAAGAUGCUGAAGCUGGAUUGCCAGCCUCACUGCAGGAGUCUCUAGGAGAUGUUUUCUCACUCAAGGCGAGCAGUACGCUUCACAGCAGGGCUGUCCCGGUCCUGAGAUACAUGGCAUUCUGCUGGCGCAUCAGAGAGCAGCCUUUCCCUUUGUCUGAGCAGAAGAUGUAUCGCUUCGUCAAAGAAUACUGCAGUGGGGCUGCGCCUACCUUUGCCUCCAGCUUUAUGAGUUCCGUUGGCUUCAUGCAAUAUGUCUUGGAGGCGAAGGUCCCGGCCGAUUGUGUUAGCAGCAGGCUGGCUGGCGCAGUUUCGAAGCUCUACUUGGAGAAGAGAAAGCUGCAACAGAAGCCGCCGCUGACGGCUUCACAGAUUCGGGCUUUGGAGCGGAUUGUGCUGGGACUUAUACCUGAAGUCCGUACGGAUGUCGAUAGAUACGCGGCAGGGUGCUUUUUGUAUUGUGUGUUUGCAAGAGCCCGCUAUUCGGACAUGCAGUGUUCUGGUGAGCUGGCGAAAGACAUCGUGCAAGGUGAAGACGGACCGCGUGGGUACCUUGAAGCGAGGGUCACCAGGAGUAAAACGAGUCACAACCUGGAGCGUAAAACCCGAUAUCUUGCUAUGGUCAGUCCGAUAUGGGGCCUUGAGCAGGAUUCUUGGGCGAUGGCUUGGAUGGAGGCUGGAGCGCGGUGGCUUCGCCACCUUCUCUAUCGUGCAGGCGAGGAUGUCUCAUUGGUCAAGGCCGUGGGCACUCACUCCUGCAAAGCUACGCUUUUAUCUUGGAUGUCCAAGUGGGGAGCUAGUAAGGAAAUCAGGGACAGCGUCUCCCCUGCAUUGCGUGAGCUGGAGGAAAUGGUUUCUGCGGUCGCUUACAGGCGCUUCUUCCCGGACGCCACGCGCUCGGGCAUGUUUGCGGAGUCCUUGGCUGCCAGGGGAGAUGCUCAUGACAAGGCCGAGGUCGGUUCAGAUUCUUCUUCCGACAGGAGCGAUGACGAGGAGGAGCCGGACACUCUCGAGGAGGAGAAGGUGAUUGAGGACAGUGUCGGCGAUUUUGAGCCGAGCGGUUGCCUUCGAGAAAACCUGGAGGGCAAGGCGGUUUUUCGGCAUGUCACCACCCGCUUCAUACACUUAGUCGCUUCUGAGGAGGGCACAACUUUUAAGUGUGGCAGGCAGAUCUCAUCGUCUUACUUGGAGUGCAAUGCGAUACCCAGGUUUUUGCAUCCGAUCUGCCGGCAGUGCUUUCCAGAGGCGAGGUGA